AUGUCUGGCUAUCUGUCCAUGCUAGGCUGGGCCUUUCUCCCAAGCCUCGCAACAGGAUGGCUUCAGUCUAUAUACUACGGCGUUACCAUUCGAGCAGGCGACCCUAAGCCUGCGCCGGGCUCAGCCCGCUACAACUCGCAUCGACGCAACAUCCACAUCCUCGUUGUCGCUGCCUACCUCUGCUACACCAUCUUCGAGGCCGACUACGAACAGCGACGCAUAUCCUCCUACUACGCCGAUCUUGGCGUUCCCCUCGACGCCGCCGACCGCGAGAUUAAGACGCGCUUCCGUCGUUUGGCUGCUAUGCACCACCCCGACAAGGCCGGCAAGGACGCAGGCGACUCGGCGGCUUUCUUUAUGCAUCUGAAGGUUGCUAGCGAUACCCUGCAGGAUACUGCAAAACGGUUUGCGUACGAGCGGUUUGGACCUGAGAUUGCGCGCUGGCAAAAGUGCCUUACCAUUAGAGACUACAUUACUCGUGGUGUCAUCUCGGGUAUCCUACCUCACUACGUGAUUGCUGCUGUAUCCAUCUAUGUCCUUGGCUUGUUUGGUUAUAUGGAGUUUGGCAAAUACUACAGAUGGCUUGUUCUCAUCGCUCUAUGUAUCUUUGAGCUCCAGGCUGUGACACGCCCUGAAUUCCCACCCUUUGUCAACGCCAUUAACGCUGUCCUCGCCCGAGUCACUUCUUUGCCGCCAUACCUCCCAUUCCAGGUCAUCUCGCUAGCCCGAAGACUAACGAUCACUUUCUACAUCGCUCUGAACCAGAUAGGACCACUCGUUGCGACAAUGAUUACGGGGCCAGAGAAGUCUGAAGAACAGGACGAAAAGGCUCUGCGGCAAAGUCUGAACAGACUUGAAAUGCUGGCUAAGCAGCUCGAUGGUGAUGCUCUGCGACUAUUGGAUAUGGAAAUGGCACCGUUCAAGGGCGAUGCCGAAGCAACGUCCAAUCUUCAAGGCAAGAUGCGGGAGUGGCUUGUACAGAAUACUAUCAGAGCCGACCCCAUGGUCAGGGAUGCCAUGGGUACAUCACUGAGGAAGAGAAGAGUUGAUGCGCCGGCGGGCGCCAAGGGAACUCGAUAG